AUGGUGCAAAGCUACCAGUCACCCGUGCGGGUGUACAAAUAUCCAUUCGAACUCGUCAUGGCGGCCUACGAGCGGCGAUUCCCGACUUGCGAACUCAUCCCUGUGUUCGUGGGCAGUGACACGAUCAAAGAAGAAACUGCUUCGGAUGGCUCGACGCACGUCAUUGAAAGGAGAUGUCGACUCAACGUCGACGCUCCGUAUCUCCUGAAGAAGAUUAUUGGUAUGGAGCACGUGCUGUUCAUUCAAAAGAAUUCUUUGGAUCGAAGGAAUCGUGUUCUGAAGAUUGAGGCGUACAACGAAAGUUUCGCUACUCGUGUCAUCAUCAAUGAAACGUGCACCUACUCGGUGCACCCGGAAGAACCUCAAUGGACGUGUUUCGAGCAGGAAGCCUCUCUGGACGUUAAAUCGUUUUUCGGAUUUGAAAGCACAGUCGAAAAAGUUGCCAUGAAGCAGUACUCUUUGAACAUUUCCAAGGGCAAGGAGAUCAUCGAGCACUUUAUCAACGAGUUGCGAAAAGAGGGCAUCACGGAAGUGCCGAUUUGGUCGCAGCCGUCGCUGCCGGGGGCGGAGAACAAACGGGCGUCGGUGCGGCGGAAAAAGAGCGGCAGCGAGGUCGGCGCCGCGGCGUCCACGCCGGGCAGCGCGUCCGGCGGCGCCAGUGGACCCUCGAGUCGGAAGGGAUCCGAAGCUGGUACAUUGCUUGCAGCUAGUGGCAGUGUUACCGGCGGGGAUGAAAUUGAAGUUGGCGACGAAGGUGAUGAAGAUAAUGAUGAUGAUGAUGACGAGUUCCACUCGGGUUCUGAUGGCGAAGAAGAAGAAGAAAAAGAAGAAGCUGGUGCGCGUGAAAAGGGAGAGGAAAUGACGAGGAGGAAAAGCAAGUUGGAGAGAACGUUGUCCGGCGACGAAGCUGCCAUGUUCAAGCUGGAGGCGGAUUAUAUUCAGCGGUGUCUGGGCGAGUUGACCCCAUUGCAGGAAUCGCGUCUCGUGCAGCUGAAAACUUGGGUCGCCGAGCUGCAGAAGGGCAAGAUGCCGAGUGACUCGAUGCUGCUGAGGUUUUUGCGAGCCCGGGAUUUCCACUUGGAAAAGGCGAGGGAAAUGUUGAGCCAGUCCUUGGUUUGGCGCAAACAGCACCAGGUUGACAAGAUCCUGGGUGAAUACAAGCUCCCGCAGGUGGUCAAGGACUAUUUCCCUGGCGGAUGGCACCAUUUCGAUCGAGACGGAAGGCCUGUUUACCUCCUGCGACUUGGGCAAAUGGACGUGAAAGGGCUCAUGAAAUCGAUUGGAGAGGAAGGCUUGUUCAAACUGACUCUGCAUAUUUGCGAAGAAGGAAUACGUAUGACCGAGGACAGAACGCGUCAAGUGGGAAGGCCGAUAAGCACAUGGACGUUGCUUGUGGAUUUGGAAGGAUUGAAUAUGCGGCACUUGUGGCGCCCUGGUGUGAAGACGUUAUUGAAGAUCAUCGAGGUGAUGGAAGCGAAUUACCCAGAGACGAUGGGCCGGGUGCUGAUUGUUCGGGCUCCGCGGGUAUUCCCGAUCCUCUGGACUCUUGUGGGCACAUUCAUCAAUGACAAUACUCGGUGCAAAUUCAUCUUCUACUCGGGCAACGACUACCAAGGCCCUGGAGGUCUUUCCGAAUACAUCGAGCCGCGUUCCAUCCCCGACUUUCUCGGUGGCACUGCAAAGACGCGGGUUGUGGAUGGAGCCCUUGUCCCGAAGGCCUUGUACAUGAGCGAGGAAGAGAUGGAGAAAGAUAGAGAGCAUUUUCCUCUCUGCGAAGAUUCGAUCUAUCACAGUGUGUCAAUUGCCCGAGGCCAAGUCCACGAAGUCGUCAUCAACAACGAAGACGUCGGCAGCGUCAUUUGCUGGGACUUCGACGUCAUGAAGCAAGCGGUUAUCUUUUCGGUGCUUCGGACUCGACUCCCGUUGCCGCCGAAAAAUGAACCGAGCAAAGCGGUGCAUAGCAUCAACCCUCUGGCAUCGGACAGCGACCAUCGCACGGUAUUUGAGAAAGGCUGGAAGGAAGGCACCGACUACUUCUUGGUGGAAGAUGCCAUCACUUGCCACGACGGCGAGAGCAUCCAGGGUUCGCACGCCACGGAACACAAAGGCACUUACGUCUUGCAAUGGAAGUGUGUGGACUCUCAGGCGAGCUCAUUUGCCAAGAACGUCACGGAGCUGAUUGAUUCCAUUACGAUCACGCAUCACAAAGCCAAAGUCAUGUACUUCCACGAAGUACUGACUUCGCAGGAUCUCAACUGCCUUGCGAGUGCUUCAUCAAUCAUGUGUCCGUCUGUUGAUCCACAUCUAGAUUUGGAUAGGAAUGUUGAGUUAUUUCGGAUGAGAAUGGCCGACUUAGGGAUCAAUGUCGAGCUUGAUAUCAGCGCAGAGCGCGAAUUCUUCGAGCCAUUCCCGCACUCAUUCGUGCGUGAGCGGAUCUACGCCUUCGAGAUGACCGUCGUCCAAAGAUUACCACGUCUCAGUCGGAAAUCCACUUGCUUCAGAUUUCCUCGUUUCCGCCGAUUCAUUUCUCCAUUGGUUCGCCACUGGCAGCUUUCUCGCCUUCCUUUUCACUUGGGUGUCCAUUCUGACCAGCUGCAGUCGUACUUCCCAAUGCCGGAAACGGAGAACGCGAGAUCGGAAUUUCGCGUGCUCCGCCUUUCUCAAUUGCCAUUUGUUUCGGCGCAGUAA